CAACUUUUUAUUCCUACCACCUUUUUUUCUUCCUUCUGUUACUGCCUCUUUCACAGAGGGAAAACAAGGCCAAUCGCUACUUGUAGGUAUCUUCGGCCAUCCAAGUACCGCAUAAUCGGAAUCAUUACCUUAGGUACCUAGGUAGCUAAAUCCAAAACCGGCCAGCUUGCCAUGGCUUGCUACGACAUCAAGCUGCGCCGGCAAGGCCUUGGUUCGUUUCAAGUCUUAAAGAGGCUGACGACGCAAAGCUCGACGACCCUCGCGUCCCGUGGAGGCGCAGUCGACGGGUUGCCGACCCACGAGCUGGGCACCCCACAAAACACGAACCAUUCAUGGUCGAUCUAGAGCCUCUUGAAGCCCGCUGCGGACAGGGAUCGUCUUGAUGGACAAUGCAUCUUUUCUCUUUUGUCCUACUAUGGUACUGUUUUAUUUGCGAUGGUUGGGUUUCGUGCGAGGCUCUCUUCCUCUCUCUCUCUCCUGGCCAACUUUAAAACAUAUACGAUACGAAGUAGAUCUCUUUGUAUUUUAAGAUACAUAGGUAGUAUAAGAUAAUACUUACCUACUCCCCGUUACCUCCUGUCCGGUAGGUAUAUGUCUCUUCCCCUUUUCUAUUAUUCCGUCGUCUGUUCUGUCUAUAUACUGUUAGAACAGUAAAUAGUAGUUAUUCUUUCCCCCCCCUUUAACUAUCCAGUACAUAUCUAAGACAACAUGUUUCCUUCGUUAUCUACAUUCUUCACUGUCACCGCCGCCUUGACGGUGCCGGUUUAUUCCCUGCCGCAGGAUGGCAGUUAUGAUGGUGGAUACGGGGGUUCGGUCUCUUCCUUCGCUUCAGUAACCCCCAGUUCGACGGCGUCCGCCUCUGCCGCCUCUUCGACGACCGCUUGCAACAACUCGCCCAACUUAUGCAGCCGCUCGUAUAGUGAUAUCACUCAUAUGGGAGCCCACGACUCUUCCUUUCUCCGAGACGAAAGCACGAGUAAUUCAAUAGCUGGUAACCAGUACUUCAAUGCUACUGUUGCUCUAGAUGCAGGGAUCCGAUUGUUGCAGGCCCAGGUUCAUGAUCUGAAUGGCGCCAUCGAACUAUGCCAUACGUCUUGCAGUUUACUCGAUGCCGGGACCCUUCAGACUUGGCUAGCCUCCAUUAAGUCGUGGAUGGAUUCUCACCCGAACGAAGUCGUGACCCUUCUGAUUGUUAACUCUGAUGGCAAGAGCGCAGCCGAUUUUGGGGCCGUCUUCAGUGGCUCGGGUAUCAAUACAUAUGGAUACGCGCAUUCGGGGACUACAUGGCCGACGUUACAGGAAAUGAUCAGUGCGAAUACGCGACUGGUGACUUUCAUCGCAUCUAUUACGGUGGAUAGCCAAUAUCCGUAUCUGUUAUCCGAGUUUGACCAUGUCUUUGAGACAUCGUUCGAGGUAACAUCACUCUCGGGCUUCAACUGUACUCUCGAUCGCCCAUCCUCCCAGAGCUCGGCCGGCGCUGCCAUCCAGGCUGGGAUGCUGCCUCUCAUGAAUCACUUUGCAUACAACUUGCUCGGCGCUUCGAUUAUGGUCCCCAAUUCGGACAAUAUCACGAUCACGAACAGCCCGUCAACCUCCACCGCAGGCAACUUGGGUCUGCAUGCUCAAACAUGUAACGAGCAGUGGGGUAUCAAGCCCGUGUUCGUACUGGUUGAUUUCUUUAACGAGGGGCCGGCAAUCGAGACAGCAGAUAACUUGAACAGCAUCACCGCUGUUGGUCGAUCUAAUGCUGGCAUAACUGCAACGGUUGCGACAGCUACUGCUAACCCGAGACAUCAGGGUCUCGGACUUGGCACCGAGGCCUUAGUUGCUUUCCUAAUAGCCUCCUUGUUACUUGUCUGAUAGGCCGAUCUGGAUAUCACAAGAUAGAAAAGGCCAGUCCCCUGGCUCUCAUUGUUUUACUGCAUAGCCGUGGCGUUUCGUUGUUUUUGGAGCAUAGGGUACGGGGCCAAAAAUGGGCUUGGAAUGCUCUUUAUACCAAGAAUGAGCUCUACAGUUUGAGACCUCGUGGUAUGUAGGUACAGAUAUUAGGGACAUAAUAUACCCUGAUUAGUAUUUAACUACCUACCUAACCUAGUUUCCGAGUCUUGUCUAUUGUCAACUAUGUGAAAUUGUAAUGUAAAGUUGGUCUUGGUAGAAUGAGUAACCUACCUCAUAAUUCUCAUUCUUAGGUAGUCAUAUUAUCGUGUAGACUACCUUUGUUUGACCUUAAAACCAAUGACUCGUCUUAAUUGCUUAGAUACCUAACCUAGGUAGGUACCUAGGUAGCCAAUACGACAUGGACAUAUGGAACUGGUACUUUACAAAUUACUAGGUUAGGUUACAUGUAGU